AAAUUAAAAUUAGCCCAUGCUUAUAUGGCCGACAUCUCCUUUUCGUGCAAAUGAUACUCAGAUGAGGAACAAUGCAACUGGAAACUAUAAAACGUGGUACCGAAGAACUUGUCACAACCAUGAAAGGGUCAUCUAGGACCGGAUCACACGUCUGGAGUAAUGGCGGACAAGUUUUCAAUCACCCAGUGAAUGUUCGGGUGAAUGGGUCCGCUCGGGUGCACGGGAGAGCCAAUUGGAUUAGCUCUGCCACCUCGUCUUGCAUGUGGGCAUCCUGAAGAUCAGAAUCAACCAUUGUUUCCAACUCUUUAUCUUUCAGAAGCCCUUUCACCUAAAAUAUGUGAAAGAAGAAAAGGGGGAAAGAAAAAGGAAAACGUUGAGUAGAAUGCUUUCAGUUGAAUAAAAAAGUUACUAAUAU